CUUCAAGAAGAAGAACCUGGCGCUGCUCUCGCAGGAGUUCUACCACCAGUUCAAGAGCUUCGGCAUGGGCGGCAUCUUCCUCUUCAGGAAGCCCGUGCUGGUCAUCUGCGAGCCGGAGGUCGUGCGGCAGCUGUGCGUCAGGGAGCACGAGAACUUCGUCGACGACAACGCGGUCGCCACCGAGGACGGAGACGGCCUCUUCCACAAAUCCAUUCUCGCGCACUCCGGCGCGCGGUGGCGCGACUUGCGGGCAACGCUGAGCCCUGCCUUCUCGUCGGGCCGCCUGGCUGCGAUGGUGCCGCUGGUGGGGAAGUGCGCGCAGCGACUGGUGCUCCAGUUGGGCGAGGCCUGCGUCAACCACGUAGCAGUGCGCAGUGAGCGAGCGGUAGCUUUGCCGCAGGUUGGCUGGCGCGAGGAGCGCUGGGGUGGAGCUGCGCGAGGUGGAUGGGCGGGCGGUGGGCGAGACGACGGCGAGGGCGGCGGUUCGGCGUGGGAAGGCAGGGCGGCGGCGGCGGAUCGAGGAGUGCCUGGCUGCGGGCGCCGAGUUUGCCGACCGGCGGACGACGCGCGCUCUACAAACUGGGCACGCCCUCGCGCGGGGCUAGCGGAGGUCUCACGCACGCGCCACGCCUCUACAUCUGCGCAUGCGAGUCGAUGA